AUGAAAGGACGAAGGGACCUAAACGUGGGUUGGCGUGCUCCAAAUUUGGAACACGUAAACGUUGCUUUCAUUAUAAGGGGAGCAUGGACUGAUUCUCGGUUUGGUAUUUGACUUAUGAGUUGAUUUGGCUUCAACUUCAACUUCGAAUUCAACUUCGCCAACCAAACCAAACUUACAAUAAAUAAUAUAUAAUACGUUCACCUCAGAAUCACGUUUCUAUUCGUUCAACUUUCUUCGCCCAUAUACGCUUUUGGGGUUUGGAUCCGAACUCAAGAUUGUUCACCAUGAACGCGAUUUCCUCGUCUCCUCUUCCUUCGUCCUUUCCUAAAUCCUCACCGUCAUGUUCUGAUAUCCGAAGUUCUACCUAUGUCACUUGCCAUUCGGAUUGUUGCAAGUCAACUUCUCAAGCAUCUUUGUUUUUGUGUUCUAGCUCCACCUAUAGAAAAAAUGGAAAGCUUGGAGGACCAUUGAGUUUGAAUCCCUCUGGCAAGAGAAGCUUAGUUGGUCCAACAUCAUAUUCCGUGGACACGAGUGUGUAUGAUGUGACUGCUUUAGAAUCUCCUUCCCAUGCUGUGGAAGAAAAAGUUGGCGUGCUGCUUCUCAAUCUAGGAGGACCGGAGACUUUGAAUGAUGUUCAACCUUUUCUAUUUAAUCUUUUUGCCGAUCCUGAUAUCAUUCGUCUCCCGAGGUUGUUUCGGUUUCUCCAGCGACCAUUGGCAAAAUUAAUUUCUGUACUUCGGGCUCCUAAAUCCAAGGAAGGGUAUGCUGCUAUUGGUGGUGGCUCUCCUUUACGCAAAAUUACAGAUGAUCAGGCACUUGCACUUAAAAUGGCUUUGGAAGCAAAGGGCCUCUCUUCAAAUAUCUAUGUUGGGAUGCGGUACUGGUACCCGUUCACUGAAGAAGCAGUUGAGCAAAUUAAGAGGGACAGCAUAACAAGGCUUGUGGUACUACCCCUUUAUCCUCAGUUUUCUAUAUCGACAACUGGGUCAAGCAUCCGUGUUAUCCAGGAUAUUUUCAGGGAAGAUGCUUAUUUGUGUAGGCUUCCUGUUUCCAUUAUAAACUCAUGGUAUCAACGAGAAGGUUAUAUUAAGUCAAUGGCUGACUUAAUUGAGAAAGAGCUCCAGAGUUUUUCUGAACCUAAGGAGGUAAUGAUAUUUUUUAGUGCCCAUGGUGUACCAGUCAGCUACGUUGAGGAUGCUGGUGAUCCGUACCGAGAUCAAAUGGAGGAGUGCAUCUUCUUGAUCAUGAAAGAGUUGAAAGCUAGAGGAAUUAGUAAUGAGCACACUCUUGCUUAUCAGAGUCGAGUGGGUCCUGUACAGUGGCUGAAACCGUAUACAGAUGAAGUUCUUGUUGAGCUAGGCCAAAAAGGUGUGAGGAGUCUUUUAGCUGUUCCAGUAAGUUUUGUGAGUGAGCAUAUUGAGACCCUUGAAGAAAUUGACAUGGAGUACAAGGAAUUGGCCCUUGAAUCUGGCAUCAAGAAUUGGGGUCGUGUUCCUGCCCUUGGUGUUAACCCUUCCUUUAUUACAGAUUUGGCAGAUGCGGUAAUAGAAGCUCUCCCAUCGGCAAGAGCAAUGUAUGCACCAACCAGCACCUCUGAAGAUGUUGAUCAUGACCCAGCUAGAUAUUUUAUUAAGAUGUUCUUUGGUUCAAUCUUGGCAUUUAUCUUGUUCUUGUCACCAAAAAUGAUCAUGGCAUUCAGGAAUCACGUCAUUUAGAAAAAUUAGGAACUGCUUGCUGAUUUUGAUCUGCAAGCUAUAUAGUUGAAGCUUUCGAUAGCAUUGUAUACCUGGUCUUUUUGCCUUCAUUUUACUCAUUUCAACCUCAACAGUAUACAACACAGAUAUAAAGAAGGGAUUUUUUGCUCUUGAUCAUAAUGGGAACUUGCACGCCGACUUUAGAGUAUUCAAAGAAAUAGUCACCAGCAAUCAGUUCCAGAGCCAAGAGGCAUUAACUCGAUCACCUAUAAUAAACCUUGAACAAGUUGUUAAUUUUUGUAUACUAUUUAUUUACACCUUUCUACAUUUCAAUAUCUGCUCAAACUGUUCAAUUCUUAUAAGUAGGGUUUAACUCGAUUACCUAUGAUAAACGCUGAACAAGUUGGAUUUUGUAUACUAUUUAUUUACAUCCUUUCU